CUUCCAUUCAAUGCAGUUAUUCCAUUCAAUAUUCACAUACAUCACAACAUAUUCAAACAUCCCACCAAAAACAAUUGAGCUUGACUCUUUACAUAAACCUACAAGAAAACUAAAACUUCCAUCAAGUUAUAAAUAAUUGGUCUCUUAUAGCACUUGCGCCAUUGCGCGCAUAUUAAACAGCUCAAAAUGGGCUUCGUUACUGGAUUCACUGGAGGUGUAACCCUCACCCUCUCAGUAGCUUAUCUAAGUGUCCUAGCACACCAACGACACCGAGAACGCCAAGCUGCUAUCCUGCGGCAGCAGACUCGUUUACUAUCCGCCAUCAUUGACCCGCUGCUGCCUGUUCUGCCACCCACCAGGGCUGAGCGUGCGGCGGCUGACCGUGCCAAUUUCAUUGAGAGAGCUAAGGAUCGCUGGAACUCCGAGAUAGAGGAUGCUGUUCAUUGGGUUCAGAAUAAGGACUGGGAGGAGACCCGCGAGAAUGUCGAGAUUGCUCUCGCUAGACUCUGGGCAAGAGCAUUUGGUGAUGCUCAGGGACCGGCGGAGAAGGUUGAAGAUGUUGCGGCAAACGCCAAGGCCGUUGUGAAUGAGAAACUGGACCAGGGCAAGGAAAAAGCUGCCAGUGUAGCAGCAGCAGCUAAAAGUGCGUAUGCGGAUGCAAAGGCCAAGGGCUCCGAGGUGGUUGUAAAGACAGAAGAGAAGGCCCAGGAAGCAAAGGGCUCGUUUCUAAGUAGGCUCUGGGGAGCAAAGGAUACAGCUGACAAGGCAAAGUCGGCAGUGGUAGAAGGGGCCAAGCAAAAGGGUAACGAACUCUCAUCACAACUAUCCGAGGAAGAGAGGGUACUUAACCAACGAUAUCAGGGGUCAACUUCACUUAAUCAGAGUCCGGAUGAGGUAUUAGCUGCACGAUACACCUCAGCUGGACAGCAGGACAAAUCUCAACUAAAGGCUUUAUAAAUAGGGAAUAACGAGUAAGUUUCACUCCCUGCCUCUGUGCCUCUCUGUUUAUUGUUCAUAGAGCAAGAAAAGCGUUCAAGCAAUUAAGUAGUAACGGAUGUACAUUUUGUUGUAUGCAAAUUACAACUUCAGUUAGACAAUUGAUUAAAUGUCAGAUAGCUAAGAUACCUUAUCAGUCCGUUCCUGCCAUUGGUUGCGUUGGCAGAUAGGCAGUGAAUAAAAUCAGGCACAAAUCUGGUAGUAUCACGCACUUGGACGGCGGCAGUUUGCUUCACUCCAGCA